GGGAAUUGCACAAACCCGUCACCAAUUUUAGCAUAAAUGUAUUUGCAACACAUUUAUAUCGUCACACAGAAGUGAAAGAACCAUUACACAAUACACAUUUGUCGGCCAAAGCGUAUCGGCAGUGGGGACUGCGGAAACUGUCCCAGUGAGUUCUUUAACAAGAAAUUAAAGAAUAAAUGACAUUUCCAAAACUAUGACGCAUUUUACCUUUUCCAAAAAUAUGAUUCAAAACAAAUAUGACCGUGCCCUUCUCCUGUGUAAAUGGUUCUGAGGCUCUUCAUCUCCUUUAAGGCUCGAAGAAGAACGCUGCUCGAAGACGCGACGCCGCCAUCUCCGCGCAUCGCGACGCCGCCAUCUCCACGCAUCGCGAAGCCGCCAGUAUCCUCUGGCUCGCCAUCGCGCUCGAACCAUACUUCUGUUUCUUCUAUUUCUAUCUAGCGAUGCCGAGCUCAAAUGGCCAGGGCAAUUCCGAGCACAGAUUGUCGCCAUCUUCUUCAACUCCGCAUCGAAUUCCGUCACUCGGUGCCUUCUUCUUCAGGGUUGGACUCCGUCUCUCAGUGGAAGGCCAGAUUCUAUCACUCGUUGGAUUUGACCUUCAAAUCAGCGACGCGGGCGGUGGCUUGGUAUCCAGAUCUGGGCGGACGAAAACAGAUCUGAGAGAUGGGAGAUCAUCGGAAGAGAUAGGUGGUCAUCAGUGUUUACCGGCGGUGGUGGCGGAGAUAUGUGGUCAUCAGUGUUUACCGGCGGUGGUGGCUAGCGGUGGUCAGAAUAAUUGUAAGAAGUUACCGGCGGUGGCGGCUAGCGGUGGUCAGAAUAAUUGUAAGAAGUGUCCGGCAGUUUCUGGCAACGUGUCUGGGCUAGUGACCGGAGUUGGGUGGAAGGUACCGGAUUAGUGAUAGGAGUCGGGUGGAAGUCACUGAAUUAGUGACCAGAGUUGGGUGGACGUCACUGGUUAGUGACCGUAAUUGGGUGGAGUCACUGCUCAGUGACCGGAACUCACUGAGAUAGUGACUGACGGUGGUGCCGGUGCCGGUGGUGGUGUCAGUGACGGCAGCGGAGGUGUCUGUGAUGGCAGCGGUGGUGUCGGUGAUGGCAGUGGCGGUGCUGGGGUCGGCAGCCACAGGGGUGUUUCUGGCUGCAAAGAAAUAUUAUUAAAAUAAUAAAUGUCUGAUUAAAUAUACAGACAUUUAGUUGUCUAAUAAAUAGGAUUAAAACAAUAAACAAAUGCACAAAUAGGACUUCCAUGUUUCAUGGGACUAAAAAUGUAUUUAAUUGACAAAAUUGUCCUUAAUGAUUUCUAAUCUAUUUAGUUGACGGCGAAGGAGGAGGAGGAGGAGGCCUGGAAUAAGUGGAGUGAUGAUCGGCAGAGGAACCAUUGAAAUCGAGAUCGAGAGAGACGCAGGGGAGAAGCGCAACUGCUUAGAUCGUGAUGGAGUUGAGUUAUAGAAAUUUAGGGUUAUAAUAUUAUUAUACAAAAGGGUAUAAUGUUAAUUCAGAGUCCUAUUUAGGGAAUAAAAAACGUUUGGUCCUAUUUGCGCAUUUAUGUUUACUAUUAGUCCUAUAUAGGGCAAUUACUUUUAAAUAUAAGCAAUAAAUGACUUUUAGUCACUUUUUUGGAAAAAU